AUGAAUCAAUCCCUUGCUGGACCUUUGUUAGAUCAAGUCAUUUCUACCAUUCGACAAUCUAAAAAGUUGAACUAUGAUCAAAUACGUGUGUUAUACAAUUUAGUGGGUACUUUACUAAUAGAAGCUUUGAAUCUUAUUGACACUGAUUCUGUAAUACGACUAAACUGUGGAAAAGACGGCAAAAGACAGAUAUAUCAAGUAUUAGACACAGCAAAUACCACAAGAAAAGAUCCUCAACUUUGCUUAUUAUACCCUCGACAUUGUUCUUGCGAUCAUUUCAUACGUACUAUAGUCUGUGGGCAAUCUUCUCUAAUGUGCCGACAUAUUUUAGCUGCUGUAUUAUUUGAUGCAAUGGAUGAUCGAAAAGGAACCAAGGUAAUGGAUGAAGAAGAUUUUGCCAAGCUAUUAUAUACUUGGAACCCAAGAAACAUUUGA